CUGUGUCACGUUGAAUGCUUGUUUUGGUUUUUGCUAAAGGCUGUAAAAACGGUAAAAACGGAUUUUGCGAUGGCUCCCAUCAAAAUAAAACAUAUCGUCUCGUUUACUUCACAGGAUAGUAAGCAUGGUGUGGAUAAUCUGUGUGAUGGCAGUGACAGCAGCAGGCCCUGGUUGUGCAGCGUUCAGGACCGCAGUGGAGUGCUGAGGGUGGAAUUACAGAUGGAACGAGUCUCUCCUAUAGGAUUCAUUGAUGUUGGCAACUGUGGCUCUGCGUUCAUUCAGUUUGAUGUUGGCCGCUCCUCCUGGUCAUUAGAUCAUCCCUAUGUCACCCUGCUGCCCACUGCAACCCUCAUGAGUCCAGCCGACUCCAAACAGGGCACUGGUCGCCAAAAUGUGCGCAUGUUUAAAAAAGCUGAUUUUCUCCCUCAGGCUGCAGAGGAGAGCUGGGACAGACUGCGAGUCUCCUGCACUCAACCUUUCAACAAACGUUUGCAGUUUGGUCUGUCCUUUCUGCGCAUUGGCACCAUGGAGGAAGAGGCUGAAGGUUCCUCAGUGCAACAUGAAGAUAUUGCUGAUGAAAAUCUGCACACACCAGACAAGAUGACAUCCGUGAUGGAGUGGCUAUCCAGCCCAGCUAUCCAAAACACGUUUUUUGGGCGAAUCACAGGGAAUGACUCCUCAGAUGCUCAAAGCCAAAGGAAGGCUGGGAGUUUGAGUCGGGCAGAGCGCAUGGUCAUAGCCGCCCACUCUACCAGACGCUCUUUGUCAACAUCCCCAUGCAGUACCACAUCCAGCACAACACCUCAACGAAGCGCUAAUACGAAAACCCCACCAGGUGAAUUUAGGACUUCCAGUGACCAAACGAGAACCCCUCGAGAGCAAAGGAGGAAAUCUAUGGCACGGCAGAGCCUCAUAAACAUUGGCACUCCACUGAAGAGACCCAGACCUGCAGCAUCCACACAUGAACCCACCUCAACAAGCCCACCCAAAAGUGUCAGCAGACACAGUCAGAGCCCACAGGACACACAGGAAUCUGCCCACCAGAGCUCUCCUGAGGCCAGAUGUCCUCUUUGUGGAGAAUCCUUCAGUUUCGAUUAUCUGCCUCUCCAUGCUUCCACCUGCCUGGAUUGUGAUCAAGCGGAGCUCAUAGAAGUCUCACCGCACAGCAGCUCUUCUGUUUUUGGCUCUGGCACAGAUGAGCAUAUGGUUCCAUGUCCUCUUUGCUCCAUCCGAUUCCCCCCAGACCGUAUCCAGCUGCACGCCAGUACCUGUGGGGACACGCUAGAGCCAAGUACUGUGUGGCUGAACUGAGAGAAGAGCAUUGUGGUCUCGGA